ACCUCAUUUUCAACUGGUCUCUCUCAACACGCCUUUGUUGCUGUGUGGAGUUUGCCUUCGCAGUACACACCUGUGGAAAAAAUACAUCAGCCUUGUGCCAAAUGCCAUGCCCUAAUACAACACCUCAAACCACGCAUCACCGUAUAUACAGAGAGGCCAAAACCGAGAGAGAGAGAGAGAGAGAGAGGCGAUGGACGGGAUGAGCAACAUGGAGCAAAAGAGCUACACCCACAUGACAUUCUUCUGGGGGAGAAACUCCGAGAUCCUCUUCGCCGGGUGGCCCGGCACGCGGACUGGCAUGUACGUGCUGGCCUUGGUCUUCGUCUUCGCGCUCGCGCUCCUCGUUGAAUGGAUCUCUCACUGUAGGCUCAUCGGAGAAGGCUUGAAGUCGAACCGUGUCGUCGCCGGUGUCCUGCGGACCAUCAUGCAUGCCAUGCGCGUCGGGCUUGCUUAUCUGCUGAUGCUGGCCGUGAUGUCCUUCAACGUAGGCGUGCUCAUCGUCGCCAUUCUCGGGCACGGCGUGGGCUUCUUCUUCUUCGGAAGUAGGGCUUUUCAGAAGACGCCGCCUCCGGGAAAAGCAUCCACCGAUCUUCCCACGACGAACCUUUGAUUUAACUUUGAUGUUGGAACAAGUAGUCUCAUGUACUAUACUGUUUUUUAAAGUUUCUGUGCUUGUGAUUUUUCUCUUUUUGGGGGCUUGAAUUUCUUGAUUUUAUAGUUUCUGUGUUUUCCUCAGGAAGUUUAAGUGCAUAUCUCUGAUCUGGUAUUA